AUGCACACAGCAGUUUCAUCCGACUCCAGCGUAUUAGCGACCGAAAACGACGGGGAGGAGGAGGAGGAAGGGACAAGGGAAAGCAAUCAGAAUGGAAAAGUCGAAACUGCAAAAGAAAUAGUUGAAGAAGUUGAUGAUGAAUUACACAAAAUUGUGUUCAAGGUGAUUGAAGGAGGAGUGUUGGAGGUUUAUAAUCCCUUAAUCCUCACGGUUAAUAUUGAAGAUAUGGGUCAUAACAAGUUGGUUAUCUGGACUAUGGACUUCGAGAAGGUAAAUGGUUGAAUGCAAAUAUGCCUGAUCCAACACCAUAUUUAGACUUGCUUUCUGCUGUAGUCGGAGAUAUGGAUGCUUAUUUUCUCAAGCAGCCAUGAUGGUGACAAUAAAAGGAAGUGAUUGUCCAAUAAAAAAAAUAUAUUCGAUAUAUUUGUGACGAAUAUUGCAUAAUUUGUGAUUAAAGAACAUUUUGUAAUUACAGGUUAUAAUUGUUGUAAUUACUAGAUUUCAAGUGGAGAAACCAAUUAGUAAUGA